AGCAUAAGCACCCUCAGAGCAGCGGCCCGGGGAGGUGAUUAGCGCCUCGUCACGCGAGCACCGGCAGGGCACCAGCCACCCGGACAAUCGGCGAGACCUGUGGGUGUCUCCGAAUCGCUUUUGGAAUCGGCCGUUUUUUAAAGUACGGCUGUCGCAGUGGCGAUGGAAGGAGGCAUAGCUGUUCGGAAACCAUUUUAAGGAAGGAGCGGCUUUAAAUUCAGUUCUAGAACCGGCCGCUAGGCGAUCAUCCGGUCAAUCGCUGUGCAGCUUUUACAGUUGCUGCACUAUUUCGAGCCUACAACUAUGAUUAUUUUAGCUGUUCGUCAUCUUCUAAUUGAGCAUCCCGCUCCGCACGCAGCAGAAUCUAGUGAGGCCUCUAGCGGCCUUCUCGGUUGAGGGCGGAAGCGACGACUGCGUCGUGCCGGCGGCGCCAGAAGAGAACUCCUGGACUCACGUGGAAGUUGCUCCCAGGAUGCUGCGCCGCGAGGCCCGCCUUCGCCUCGAGUACCUGUAUCGCAAGGCCUGUGAGGAGGCUCGGCGAACGGCCCAGGAGAGGAAGGACAAGGUUCGGCAUGCGCUCGAGGAGAACCGCCUGAUUCCCACCGAGUUACGCAAGGAGGCUCUGGCCUUACAGGGUUCCCUGGAGUUUGACGAUGCCGGCGGUGAAGGUGUGACCAGCCACGUGGAUGAUGAGUAUCGAUGGGCAGGGGUUGAGGAUCCCAAGGUUAUGAUCACUACUUCCCGAGAUCCCAGUUCCCGCCUCAAGAUGUUUGCAAAGGAGCUGAAGCUGGUGUUCCCAGGUGCCCAGCGCAUGAACCGUGGCCGGCACGAGGUAGGGGCGCUGGUGCGAGCCUGCAAAGCCAACGGGGUCACUGACCUGCUGGUCGUCCACGAGCAUCGAGGCACACCUGUGGGGCUCAUUGUCAGCCACCUGCCCUUUGGCCCAACCGCGUACUUCACGCUGUGCAACGUGGUCAUGCGGCAUGACGUCCCCGACCUGGGCACUGCGUCGGAGGCCAAGCCUCACCUGAUUAUGCACGGCUUCUCCUCCCGCCUGGGGAAGCGGGUGUCUGACAUACUCCGCUACCUGUUCCCUGUGCCCAGAGAUGACAGCCGCCGGGUCAUCACCUUCGCCAACCAGGACGACUACAUCUCCUUCCGGCACCACGUGUACAGGAAGACCAGCCACCGCGAUGUGGAGCUGACCGAGGCUGGGCCUCGCUUUGAGCUGAAGUUGUACAUGAUCCGUCUGGGCACGCUGGAACGGGAGGCCACAGCAGAUGUGGAGUGGCGCUGGCACCCCUACACCAACACCGCGCACAAGAGGGUCUUCCUGAGUGCUGAGAAACAUCCUGACCAGGUCCACCUGUAAAUGACUGCAGGGAGGAAGAAAUUAACACAUCCUCUCCAGAGGCUGAUGGGAACCAGGAAGUGUUUGACUUUAUUUCCUCCCCUCCUAGUAUAAAAGGAGCCUGAAUUCUAACUCAGGCAAGAUGGUUCUUUGGGGCACGAGCCCAGCAUCUUCUCGGUUUGCUGGCUUCCUGAAUAAAGUCUUAUUCCUU